AUGAAACUGUUUUUGGUUCUUGCUUGUGUAGCUUUAGCUACAGCAGCCCCACAACAACUCAGUCGAUCAGAGCCUGAUGGUAAAAAUGUAGAAAUAUUACGAUAUGACAACGAAAACGAUGGACUUGGCUCCUAUAAAUUUGGUUUUGAAUUAAGCGAUCAAACUAAGCGAGAAGAAGAGGGGGAACUGAAAAAUGCUGGUAGCGAAAAUGAGUCUAUUGCUGUCAAGGGUUCAUAUAGCUGGGUUGAUAAGGACGGACAAGUGUACACAGUCAACUAUGUGGCUGACGAAAACGGAUUUCAACCAACCAUUGAGCAAUCAAACGGAGGCGCCAUACCACCAGCUGUUAUCGCGGCUUUUUCUGGAUAA